AUGUUAGGAGGAGAUACUAUUAACGUGGAAGACAUGAUACAAACAGAUUAUAUCAACCUUAACUUAUUUUCUAACGAGGAACAAAUACGCGCACAUGUUCAUAAUCUAUUAUCAAGGAUCGAAAACGACGUAUUAGAUGAAGAAUAUGUCGAGUGGUUAACUCGAAGAAUACUAAUACAUACUGCAGGGAAACUACCAGGUCCGGAAACACCAGAUGUUUCUGUAAUCUUUGAAGUUGAAAUCUCUUUUGAGUUUAUGUUAAGAAUGGUGGUUGAACAUGAAGAAGAACGAGCAUCAGUUUUUGAGGCUAAUUUUGACACGGAAGACGACUCGUAUAACGAAAUUAUAAAAAAUCCUGCUUCAGAUUUCCAAAUCAGCAGACUCAAGAGGUUUAAGCAUGGUGGUGAAACCGGGGAAGCAUCAGCAUGCGUAGUGUGCAUCGAAGGCCUUUCCGGAGAAGAAGUUAUCAGUUUGGCUUGCAAGCACGUUUUUCACUCAGAUUGUAUCGUGAAAUGGCUGAAAGAGAAUAGUUCUUGUCCCAUAUGUCCCCGGUCAGUUGGGCACAUCUAG